UAACUGGUCUAGGACCAGUGAUGGUGAACGGUGAACAUGUGCAGUCACAAACAUAACCUAUUUUUACUCUAUGUAUGUUUCUCUUUCGUUGCUUUGUGUUCUAAAUUCUUUUGAAUGCCUUUAAAUACUUUAUGAUAUAACAGUGCGAUCCAACUAGUAAAGGAAAAAUUUGAGUCAAUCAUGUCAGACAAAAUGAAUAAUAUAUUUAGUAAUAAUUUUGAAAGCUGUGAAAAAGAAGAUAACAAUUUGUCAGCUAGAUUGGUGAGUAAAUCUCAUUUCGAAACUAUUGGAAAGAACACUUCUACUUUCAGUGGCCGAAACGAAAAUGACUUUUCAAUUGUGGUCGAAAUUUUCAAUGAAAAAUAUCUCAUUCCUGCAAAAUCAAAGUUCUACUGCUGUAAUGUAUUUGAUUUGAGAAGCAAAUUGCAUGAUGAUGCAAAGUUUGACGUCAUAGUAUUGGAUCCUCCUUGGUGGAAUAAAUACAUUAGAAGGAAGCGGAAAAAAGUUGAAAAAGAAGGGUACAAAAUGAUGUUCAAUGAUGAUAUUUCAAAAAUUCCAGUAGGUGACUUAUUACAAAAUAAUGGGCUAGUGGCAAUGUGGUGUACCAACUCGGCCAAUCAUUUGAAAUCAGUAAAAGAAGAAAUAUUUCCUUCUUGGGGAAUCAGUUACUUGUCUUCUUGGUUCUGGGUCAAAGUAACAAGAGGUGGUGAAACAGUGUGCCAGUUCUCUCAACCCUCCAAAAAGCAGCCCUAUGAAAGGAUAGUAUUUGGCAGUGUAGCCGAUCGCCAUCAAUCACUUCCUUCCCCUGAAGAUAAUAAAUUGAUUAUAAGUGUACCAAGUGCUGUCCAUUCACACAAGCCUCCAUUAGUCGACGUAUUGAGUAACUACUUACCAGUCUCACCUGUGUGCCUGGAGCUGUUUGCAAGAUAUCUACUUCCAAGUUGGACGAGCUGUGGAGAUCAGGUUCUUAGCCUUCAGAGCUUGAAUCUUUAUGAAGCUUGCUAGCAGAAAUACCUUUUUUGUAAGAAAGUGUUGCUGAAAUAUGCCUCAAAUACAUAAAUGUGUUAUCACAUGAAAA